AAAAGGGAGUGGACUUGAAGGCGUUGCAAGAGACUGUCAGCGAUUGCUUCUAUUCGGUGGAGGACACUGAAUCAUUGCCUGGGAUGCUGGAUACCGAUCCAGGGGAGAGGCUGCAUAUUUUUUCUUGGAAACAACGUGUAAUGUCAGAACACGGCUGCAACACAGACCAAACGCCCAGCUCCGGAAUGUCAACAAGCUCGAGGACUUUUGUAAACGUCAUUCAGUUCUCGCGUUGCAAGAGGUGCAUGGUACGGUUCUUGAUUUGAGAACGCAGCUUCAUCAGCGUUGAAUGCAUGUCGCGAUGGUGGCAUCUAUGCCGCAGCGCAACGCUGUUGGAGUUGCCUUGCUGCCACCAGUCAUGUCGCAGUCACAGUUUGACGAGGGCGUCAUCAAUGAGUCGAUCAGAUCAUCCGAGCUGAUCGAGUCUGCCAUCAAGCCUGCUUCCACAGACGAGCGCGACGCGACCAUGCUCGUAAUCUCCAACAUACGCAACGUCGGCCUGCCCCAGUCUCAGGCAUCUUCCAUUACUGCUCGGAUUCGGGUGGAGGCGAGGGUUGCGAUGGACAGUCCAGAAAAGGUCGCGGCGUUUGUCAUGGGUGACAUGAGUGUUACGGUCGAUGCCCCGAUGCACCGUCAUGCACCUGAGAUCGGCAAACGUUGGAUUGUUGAGCCGAGGCGGCGCGAGUAUUGGGCGUCGUGGCGGGAUGCCUUGUCGGAGUCGGUUGAACUAGAUGGUUAACGGCCCGCGCGCUACAUAGUUGAAGAUCAGUGCUUCUCGGCAUUGGACAACAGAUUCACAUCCUCUCCGCAGUGGAUGCUCAUGCGGUGAAAUCCCACGGUUACUGUGCAGUGCGAACCCGAACGUUUGCAUGAAGAGAGCACCCCUGCUCGCGCUCCCGUUUUCGCAGCAUUUGCCCCACGUGGCCGGCGCAGACCGGAUGGCCAACAUGUGCCCCGAUUUGCAUGUGAGUCGCGAGGAGAUGUUGAGGCAUUGGACCUACUCGCGGCGCAGACCGGAUGGCCAAUCUGUGCCCCGAUUUGCAUGUGAGUCGCGAGAAGAUGUUGAGGCAUUGGACCUACUCGCGUCGCAGUCGGAGAUCCUCACUCUGCCUGCCAUUUCGCAAUGGAAGGAGCUCGAGCGAUUGAUGAGGGGAGCUGCGAGCCAGGGCGCCCGAGCUCGGGGCCCGCCUGCUCCCGGCAUUCGCCCCGCGAGGGCCCGGCAGGAGGUCGGGGCACGCAGCGCGCCAUUCCUGGAGCAGAAGCGCCUCCGAGCACAUGCGAGGGCCGAGCGGCGUAGGGGGCAGCUUUGAGCUCCUCUAGGGAAGCCCCUCCUACUCCGGGGCCUCGCGGGCCCCUCGGGCGCCCCCCUCGCCUCCUCCUCGGAUAUGCCGCGGGCCUUGGGAGCUCCCCGGGCCUUUGUUUGCGCGCCGACGCGUGCCCCGCUCGAGCGAAUUAAAGUGUGCGCAGCACAGAGUGCGAAGCCAUUUGACUGGUCUGAGGGGCGACCCCCGACCCGGGCCAGUAUCGAGCAGGUCAUUGCCCGUGCCUCCCCCCGCAUUCCCUGGCCCUUGCGGUCCACCCCAUGCUGCUUGGCAGCGCUCCAGCCUGGCUCCCACUGUCCUCUUCGGUCGAAUGCAAGUCCUCUAUAGCGCCUCUUCCCCCCGCGCCCUUGAAGGACCUCCUUCUUGUUUUCGCCCCCGAGAACCAUCGCGAUGGGGGCUCCUCGUUUACGCUGAGAGAGGCGGCUUCUACCCGACCCCUAGAUUUACAGGACACAGAUGCCAUUAUCAUAGCCUCGGCGGCCAAUCGCUGCACCAUGCCAGUCCUGAGCCGCGACGCCCGCCAGGAUCAGAGAGGCGUUGGCGCGCGUCGGACCCCCCUGGACCACAUCGCGCUUCUGG